CAAACUUUGCAGAAUAGUAUGACUGGCGAAAAUGGCAGAUAACGAUGAAAUUGCUAUCAUUGGUAUUGGUUGUAGAUUUCCAGGAGCAGACAAUGUGAAAGAAUUUUGGCGAGUAUUAAGCAAUGGAGAAAAUCACGUGAAGGAAGUUCCACCCGAUAGAUGGAAAUUGGACGCAUUUUAUGAUGCAGAUCCAAACGCACCUGGAAAGACCUACGUACGAACUGCAGGUUUCGUAAAAGGAGUAGAAGAGUGGGACCACCGUUUCUUUGGUAUUAAUGAUAUGGAAGCAAAGCUUGUAGAUCCACAACAGAGACUGGUCUUAGAAUGCGUACAUAUGGCAUUAGAGGAUGGUGGAAUAACCAGAAAAGACAUUGAUGGCUCAGACACUGGAGUUUACAUUGGAUCCAUGACAGAUGAUUACAAAGGACAUGUGAUGGACGAUGUAGGACUCAGCAGUGCUUACUCUGUGACUGGCACACAUAGCAGUAUAAUAAGUGCAAGAGUUUCCUAUAUCUACAACCUUCUCGGACCCUCCCUAACAUUAGAUACAGCAUGUUCUUCUUCCCUUGUAGCUAUCGAUUUAGCAUCUCAAGCUAUUCUCACAGGAACCUGCAAUAUGGCUGUAUGUGGAGGAGUAAACGUUCUACUCGAUCCUCAGAUGUUUAUCGCAUUAUCAAAAGCACGAAUGUUAUCACCGUCCGGUCAGUGUAAAACGUUUACCAAUGAGGCGGACGGUUAUGCAAGAGGUGAAGGAUGCGGCAUCGUUAUACUAAAAAAAUUGAAACAUGCUAUUGCAGAUGGAAACAAGAUAUGGAGUAUAAUUAAAACAGGAACAAAUCAAGAUGGACAUAUGACUACACCAAUUACUGCUCCGUCUGGACUACAACAAGAACGAUUGAUACAGCAGACAUACAAGCGGUAUCACGUUGAAACAUCCAAGAUACAAGUCAUCGAAGCGCAUGGAACGGGAACACGAAUAGGAGAUCCAACAGAAGUAAGUGCAUUAGGAGCACAUUUUGGAAAAAAAGGUCAUGCCCGUUCACCCGUUUUUAUUGGCUCUGUAAAGACAAACAUUGGUCACUUAGAAGCCUCUGCUGGUGUUGCAGGGUUGAUUAAAGUUUUGCUGAUGAUGGAAAAUGAAAUGAUUGUACCUUCAUUAUGGUAUAGAAAUCAUAACGAAAAUCCUAAACUGAAAAUGUCUGAUCAUGGCUUCAUUGUUCCGACAAAAUGUAUGAAAUGGAGCAAGUCACAGUCUGAGAAACGCUUUGCCUGUGUGAACAGUUUUGGAUUUGGCGGAACAAAUGCUCAUGCGAUUGUUGAAGAAUAUCAAGAAAUGGCGCCUUCAAAGUCAAACACAGAACAGUUGCACACUUUACCUUAUAUAGUAGCUGUUUCGGCCGUUGAUAAACCCACUCUGAAAGAAAAUAUGCAGUAUAUCCACGAAGCUUUACGUUCAAGGCCCUACAGCUUACCAGCACUGUCUUGCACAUCCACAUGUAAACGAGAUCAUAAGCAGCUAAGGAAAGCUGUUUUCGGAAAGACUCAGGAAGAAAUGAUCUUGGCUUUUAAUAAAGCCCUUUCAUUUUUUGAAAGCUCUUCCCCACCUUCACCUGAAUCUAAAAAGAUUGUGUUCGUUUUCUGUGGUGUCGGUACUUCAUGGAAAGGUAUGUGCAAUUCGCUGAUGAAGCUUAAACCUUUUCAAACAACGAUUUGCAAAAUUGAUGAAAUUCUACAACCCUUGACAGGAUGGAAAAUAGCUGAUAUAUUUCUUGACUCAACUGAUAUUCAAGCUGAUCCGAUGAUGGCUCAUAUAGCAAUAUUUUCCUGCCAGGUAGGUUUGUCAGCACUUUGGAAGCAUUUUGGCGUCACACCUGAUGCUGUAGUAGGACAGUCUGUUGGAGAAGUAGCUGCAGCCUUCGUGUCCAAUUCCUUCGACCUUGAAACGGCAGUACGUAUCAUAUAUCACAGAUCUAAGCUUCUUGCAUCGGUCAAACAAGGCAGCAUGGCUGUUGUCAACAACGUUAAAAUUGAUCUUGUUGAAAAAUCCUGCAAGACAUUUGGAUGUGUUAUUGCUGUUUAUAACAGCCCGGUCUCUUGCACUGUUUCGGGUGAAAAAGAAAAUCUGAACAAAUUGAAAUAUCAACUUUUGAGUACAAGCAACAAUGGAGCAAAAGUAAUAAACUUGGACGUACCAUGUGCAUAUCAUAGCCCUUAUGUUGAGAAAGCUGCGAACAGACUGACAGGUGAACUUGAAGAUAUAUCUAUUCAGGAAGGCAACAUUCAGGUAUUUUCUACUGUUACUGGUAAGAUGGAACCUAGCAGCACAUUUGGAAAACCCGAAUAUUGGGAGAAAAAUGUCAAAAUGCCUGUUUUAUUUUCCAGAGCUGUACAGUCAGCAGGUUCAAAAACGAGCCGCGGCAUAUUUGUUGAAAUAGGGCCUAGUCCAGUUUUGCAUGCACAUAUUGGCAGUAUAUUAAACGAAAACUAUUCGAUUAUCCCAUCUAUGAAGAGGCAUGAAGAAAUAAGUACAAUGACCAGAUCAAUCUGUAUACUCUACGAGCAAGGUGUAGACAUAAAUUGGAAAGGGAUAUUUCCCUGUCAGACUCAACAUACGGACAUACCUAUGUACAACUUACAUAAACGUCGACAGUUUUAUCAGAGUCCCAAUGCCGUAAUGAGGAUUCAGGGUAUAGAUGUACCAAAUGAAGACCACUUGUAUGUAAAGCGACUUCCAGUUAAAGAUGACAAUGCCAAAUUUAGAAUAGAGAUCAGCGAAACGUCAACCCCAUUUGUGUUUCAACAUAUUGUAAAGAAGAAUGUUGUUAUUCCAGGUGCAACAUAUGCCGACAUUGGUUUUGAAAUUGGUAAUUCUAUAAUAUGCCUUUCAGUCCCAGAAACCAUUGUUUCUUUGGAAUUUCUACGCCCUGUCAAAGUUGAGCGCGGAGUGAAAACUACCCUAGACAUUUCAACAGUUACACAAAAAGAUGAAAUUCUUUUUCAUGUUAAACAGAAUGAUUUAACUAUGUGCAAGGGAUGGGUUCAUUCAGCCCAAAAAGAAGACGAUUUUGAGAAAACAGUAGACGUUGAACACAUAAAAACUUCAGUUUCAAAUACGGAAUGCAGAACUAUAGAUGAAGAAGAGAUGUACGGAUAUUUGAAGUCGCUAGGAUUCGAAUAUGGGCCCUGUUUUCAACUGAUGAAAAGUUGUCUUACAAAUGGCACUGAAUGUAUUACAGAAAUCGAACUUCCGAGUGACAUCAUGAAGGAUUUGGGUUCAACGACAAUUCAUCCAUGUAUUCUGGAUGUAAUGGUACAGUCAACGAUAAAUACUACAACAGGAGAAUUAUUUGACAAAAUAAUGACGGAAAAGUUAUCGUUUUUGCCAGUGGCUAUGGGGAGAAUACACAUAACAAAAAAACCUGAAAAGAAAAUGUACAUUUAUACAAAAAGGAUCAAUACAACUUUGCUCGAUGCCGUUUUUCAACUGCACUACAAUGUUUUGCUGAUUAAUUCCGAAGGAGUCAUCAUAGCUGACCUCAGGAAUUAUACAACAUAUGGCAAAAGAAAUGGCCUUACAGCCCCAUGUGAGCUCAAAUACCAGCUAACUUGGAAAAACUUGGAACUACCUUUACGUUCAGAGAAUUCAGAUGCCAAUAUUUUAGUUCUUACGAACGAAUUCAAGGACGGCAUACAAGCAGACUUCGAGCGCUACAAAAACGUUUUACUGUACCAGACCACGCACAGAACGACAAACGAACUAUAUGUUGAAAAGGCUUUUAAAUAUGCUUUGUCGCAUUGGGAUUCAGGAAACAACAUUGAUGCCGUGUUACUACUUAUUCACACAUACGAAGCAAGCUCAGUAACGCAUGUUAUGGCUACAGAAAUACACACUCUCAUUAAGGGAAAUUGCAUGCUUUUAAGCUCAGUCGUGAAGUAUAUGACGAAUAACAGUAUUGAGGUACCACUGUAUGUAGUAUCACAAAACACCCAAACAUCAUUUUCCGUCAAUGUCCAAACAAUCAGUUUAGUAGGAGAGGAGUUAUGGGGCUUUGUUCGAUCUGUCAAUACCGAGCUCAUACAUGGUUCUAUCACACUGAUAGACCUUCAGCCGUCACUCAAGGAGACAAAAGACUUACUGGUGAAAUUUAUAACAAGUUCCUGUGCCAAUAUUGAAGCAGUCAAUCCUGAAAUCGUUAUUCACAAGAAUCAAAUAUUUGGAGCACAGUUCACAAAAGUACCAAGAAAAGAAGUUAUCCCUACUCUUAGAAAUGAAAAGUCCGUAUUUCAGAAGUCAGGUUCAUCACACAAGGUUUUAGCAAAGCGGUCGAAAAGAAUGCAGCCAUUAUAUCUAUCGGAUAGUACAAAGACUGAAAGACAACCUGAAAAAGAAAGUGUCUUGUUCAGACUGAAAAGUGUGUGCGUUCAUCCAGUAUGUAUUUAUCCCAGAACAUUAAGUGGAAUUGAUCUUGAUCAGGACAUUUGGGAAGAAACGUUAAGAGACGGACACGAACUGUUCGGCUUUGAAUAUACAGGAUACCAAGUGCUGAAGAGCAGAAAGGGAAAUUAUUCUUGCAGAGAACCAAAGACACUAACUGAAAAUGAAAACGACUUCUCGAAUAGAUGGGAAAUUGUUUGUAUUUAUCCAUCGGAAUUGUCAACAGAAAUGUACAUUCCCGAAGAUUGCACGGUCUUGCAAAAGGAUAUUCCAAUGUAUAAGCCAGGAUUGCUUAUGUAUGCUGUGCUUUGUUGGAGAAUGACUGAAUAUGUACCGAGUCGGUCGAGAGUGGUUAUAUGCAACCAUCAUGAGCCUACAUCGCCAAAUAUGAUGCUAAAGUAUAUGCUUCAGACGCAUAAAAACUGUACUAUUUAUUCAGGAAAUGAGAGUGAAGGAACUGGAAAGGAUUUUGAUAUAUUUAUUUCAGUUGAUAAGCUUGACCCAAGCUUUGUUGCUAUUGGUAAAUGUAAAAAGAUUGUUUGCCUCGAAGACUGUAUUUCGGAAUCUCUUCGACUCAAAGUGUCCCGAUCAAAAAGCCAAACGAUGAUUUGCUUGAGCGCUGCUACACUACUAGAGAGAAGAUAUGUUAGCAAAUAUUUGCGAAAGAUUGUCAAUUGGAUGCAAAAGAAUAACAACUGGAUAACUUCCAAAUUUCAGUUCAGCGGAUCGGAUCAUAGUACUAUGGAUGAAAAGUGCUGCAUUCCUUGUCCAACGGUUAAUAUUAUGAGAGAUGGACGUUUCCUAUUACCUGUCAGAAAUCCGCUUAACAAGUUAUUCAUCAAAUCUGCUGCUUAUAUAGUCACCGGCGGAAUGACUGGACUUGGCUGGGAAUUGACAGUUCUUCUUGCAGAAAUGGGCGCUGGUAUUAUUGCCUCUUUGUCAAGGAGGAAAGUUCCUGACGAAAAAAUAGUUGAAGUUGAAAAUGUUAAAAGAACAACUGGAUGUGAAAUUAUUUGCAUACGAGCGGAUGUUACAAACUUUCAGUCUGUUGAAAAUGCCAUAUCCGAAAUUGAGUGCUUAUCGCAUGGCAAUGAAAUUCGAGGUGUGUUUCAUUGUGCAGGUGUGUUGGAAGGAAAACUACUGUCACAGCUACAAGAGUCACAGGUCGACUAUGUAUUAAGACCAAAAGUUAUAGGAACAAUGAAUUUGCACAUUGCUACAAUGAAACAUGAUUUGCAUUAUUUCGUCGUUUCAUCGUCUAUAAAUAGCAUAAUUGGGUCGCCUGGUCAAAGCAGCUAUGGAGCAGCUAAUUGUUUUCUCGAUACAUUCAUGGAAUGGAGGCGUAAAUUAGGACUCACUGGUCAGGCAAUCAACUGGGGUGCUCUUGCAAUAGGUAUGGCUGCAAGGCCUGAAUUUGUUGAAAACUUUGAAAAGCGAGGUUUCAACUUACUAUCAGUUCCGGACAUGCGAAGCUGUUUCCAAGAGGCGUUGAUGUGCAACUCGACAAACAUCAUUUACACUGAUGUAAACUGGAAUAUGCACGCAAAAGACUACGAAAACCCAUACAUGAAACGAUUUCGCUUGAGAAUGUCUGUUUUCUUCGAGCAAGCUGUCACGGAAAUUAAACGUGACAGCAAUGAAGCUGAUAACCUGUACAUUGAUGUAAAGGCAUUGCAAUCUGCUGACAGAGAAAACCAAACUAAUGCUAUUACUCAAGUUGUCCUGAAGAUCACUGGAAAAGUAAUUUGGCGUGAUUUUAAUCAACUUAAAACAAGCACAACAUUGGCUGAAUUGUCGCUUGACUCGAUGUCUACUGUCACUUUCAUAAAUAUUGUCCAAGAUGUAACAGGCCACCGGAUUCCUCCGUCCUUCAUGUUAGACACCAACCGCACAUUAGACGAUGUGAUACACCUACUCUUGGAAAAUAUAUUAAACGGAAAGGGUACAUCCGGCAAAAAAGAAACAAACGAAAACAGCACUCAUAUGUAGAUUUAAUAUAGCAAUGCACCUACUGAUGAGAUUACGAACGUCGUAGCUGCAAAAAGGUUUAAGAGCUGUCAUAUGCUAUUUAAAUCAGUUUGAGGUCGGAUGUUGAAAUAGAUAUGUCUUGAGGUGAACAUCAAUAAUAAACAAAUAGAACAUAUCGAAAGAAAUGUAUAUUAAAUGAAACAAAAUAUUAUCAUUAUAAUUAAAAACUUAUGGAUGCAACAGAAAAGAUAUUUAAACUACUUUCAUUUGCAUCGCAUUUCCUUAGCGUAAGUAAAGCUUAAGAACGCGUUUAAAUACGUAAAACUAUAAACCCGACCUGUUCCUAAAAUAUUACACUUGCUUGGUUCAGUUCAGUUAUAUACUAAUAAUAUUGUUAGAUACUUUAUUCUUUUAUCGAAAUAUGAAACAGUGUUCUAUGUUAAUGGUGCAUGGAUUAUUUGCCGAAAAUGAAUAUAUAAAUACCGGUAGUACAAAUGGAGCCAAGAGCGGGGAGUGGGCAUGCGUGCAGGUCCGCUUUGGUAAAGUCUUGGCGUGCGUUGAAAAGAAAGUCAUUUAAAUGUAACAGGUCACCGGAUUUCUCCGUCCUUCAUGUUAGACAACAACCGCACAUUAGACGAUGUGAUAAAUUUUCUCAUGGAAAAUAUAUGAAAGGGUACAUUCGACAAACAACAAACAAAUGAAAACCGCUUGAAUAUAUUGCCUAACUUGUAAAAGGAGUAUCAAAUACAAUACCUAUAAAACUAUAGGUCUUUGGAAUGAAACGUCAUGGGUAGAUUAUUAGCGGCUGACACAUCUUUUUGAGAAAUGUAUGAGAAGUAUUUCAAAUCGAUUUUAAAGGCACUGACCUCCAGAUUUGGCUGAAAAAUGAUCUUUCUUUCAAAGUCAAGUUUGGUCAUAUUAUGAACAUAAGUAUAUGAUGUUUUAUUUCUAAAAUAUUUCAAAAAUUCCAAAUCAAGAAAAGAAGAUGACCUCGCCGGGAAUCGAACCAGGGACCGCCGCGACAAUAAAGACAGUUUCCCGUCGCCGUUACUAAUAGAGUUGUAGCGGAAUUAGUGAAGUACAACUUCAAAAUAUCUUGAAAUAAAUGCUAUAUUUAUGAAGGCUAUAAAACCAAAUAAGUGACAAACUUUAUGUUACGGAAAUACAUGAGAAUUUGCUGUUUUUACUACUUUUUACGAUGAAAAUCGAAAAGCGUUUGUCACGCUUAUACUCCAGGUGAACUAUCUCGAUUAUAAAUAUCUAUAUUUUGAAGUCAUUAUUCACUACUUUAGCUAUAGCGCUAUUGUUAACGACGUCGGGAAAAUGUCUUUAUUGCCGCGGCGGUCCGGGGUUCGAUUCCCGACGCGGUCAUCUUUUUUUCUUGAUUUGGAAUUGUUAAAAUAUUUUAGAAACAAAAACUCAUAAUCUAAUGUUGAUAAUCUGACCAAACUUCAAUUUGAGAGAAAGAUUAUUUUCAGCCAAAUCUGGAGGUCAGUGCCAUUAAUAAGUUAAAACCAUAUAAAAUUUGCUACGUUUAUGUAAUAUUAGUCACCAGAACUCAGAAUCAAGUAUUACUCACCAGAACUCAGAAUCAAAGGACUAGUAUUACCUGUUACCUUUUUGUUAACAACACUUCAUUCUGAAAAUAAAGGUUAACAUUUUAUCCUUUUAUACCUGUACCUGUAUUGAUUCAAGUAGCAUAACGAUGAAAUUGCUUCUGUAUCUCUGUUUUGAGGAACAUUGAGUAUACGAUAAGGUUAUCUAUGUGUUAAUUUACUUUACUUAAAACAAAUGCUUGUUUGCCUUUGCUCCUGUUCAGGUAAUUGAUCAUUCAUGUACAUAUGCAUUUUACUAUACAUCAUUUUCUGAAAGUUACGGUUUUGUGGGUAUUUGUGCAGGGUUUAUCUUGUUUGCUGAACACCAAAGUGUAAAUAUUACUAACGUCAUAUUGUUUUGUAUCUAUUAUGUAUUAUUUGAUAUGCUAUAUUAUUCAAGAGUACGCAGAAAUGUUCCAGUUUGUGUUCUUUGUAAUUUAAAAUCACUUUGCUGUGAUAUGACAGUUGUCAUUAUUUCUAAUUUUGUUAUUCCGAUACUUACAUAGUAAGAGAUCGGCUACAAUUUAGAACUCACUAGUUUUUAAUCAGGUCAUUGUUUGUUAAAAUUUAAAAAAGAAAAACUGCAUAAACAGAUUUCGGCAAACUAACUUAAGAUAGAUGUGUUUUUUUUUGUGUAAUUUUAUGCCAAGUUCUUUUGUAUAUGCAAAUGCAACAAGAUUGUGUAUUUAUGUACGUAUAUUGUAUAGGUGAUGCAGUUUGCUAUAUUCUGAUAAAAUAAUUAUCAUUGACUGUGAUAAAAUAUGUAUGAUAAUGUCUUCAAGUGAACUUUUAUACAUAUUUGUUUCAGUAAAUACGUUUUGAAAUGAAUUUUAUCAUGGCUGUUCAAUGUUAUAUGUUGGUAUCUCUGCAUUAUUCUGUUAUUAUGUGACUUUAAUAUUUCAAUAUGGGUACAUUUGCCUACUAUAACCAAAACCUGAUAAUAAAGCUGCAAAGGGCUGGACCUGUUUAUCACUCUUUAGGAAGAGAUAUACAUUUUAAAAUGAUGGAUUAUUUAUUUAGUAGAGUAUGCAACACACAUUAAAACAAAAUACUAAACUUUGACUUGCAUUUUUCUCAUUAUCAUAUCUUUAUUUUUGUAAUAGCUUUACAGCAGAUCUUCACUAUUGUAUAUUUUCUUAAUUUGACCAAAACCUUAUAUGAUAUUGAUAUAAAUUUUAGCACUUAAUUAACUUCCUAUUUUUUCUUUGAUACGGUAUGAAGUUGUUGUUAUAUUAACAUUUAAAUUCUGCUUUACAUUUACCUUAUUUUAAAAUAUAUCCCCGCUACUUAAAUGACAUUUGAUCAUCAUAGAACAUGGUUUAAAUACAUGGGAUGGUAUUUUAUUCAUUUUCAGUUGAUAAAUACUGUACUUUAUUUCUUUAAUUCUUUCUUUUGUAGUUUAAGAAGCACGCAUCUACGUUUUUUUUUGUCAUUUCUAUACACAUUUAGACCAAUGAUUUCAUUUCUUAAAUACACAAAAAUGUAUCAUUAUAAAACAAGCCGAAAGUGGAUCUGUAACUUCGAGAUAUAAAUCAGUUGUAGUACAUCAAAUAAUAAGGAAAGUUCCUUGAAGAUUUAGUCUAGCAACAGAAAUCAGCUAUCAUUAGUCUAACAUUAUAUAUUUUCUAACAUGUAAGAUUGAAAUAUAUUGCAUUUAAUAUAUUGUGUUUGUUUGUAAUAAUCUUGUUUGCAAUUUUAGACGAUCAUUACAUUUUACGAAUAAGGUAUAAAGUGACAUAAUAUCUGCUACCUAGAAUUUAUUACAUUUCAUUCAUGUAUUAAAAAAUAAUUCAUGUGAGUGGAAAUAACUGUUAUACCUUAUAAUAAGACUUGUAUGAUGCUAUUUAAACUUGAUUAAUGUAAACUGUAUUCCAAUGUAUAAUUAAUGAUUAUUUAAUUAUGUGUUGUUUAAUUAUUUCCAUAAACGUAAAUAAAUAAUUAAUUUAU